AUGCUGUCAUUGGAUACAUUUGCAAGUCAUGCUAUUGCAGCUUUUGUUGUGCUAGUUGCGUCUUUUUACUUUUAUGUUAAAUACACAUACAAUUAUUGGACGAGAAAAAACGUACCUCAAUUACCUCCGGCAUUUCCAUUUGGAAACUUUAAUGCGCUAUUUUCGAAAAGUUUUUCAUUUGGUCCGAUUACCAAACAUUACUACGACGAUUUGAAGAAGGCUGGACAUGCGUUUGGCGGCGUCUACAUCGGUAUGACUCCCCAUAUGGUUAUGGUUGAUGAACGUCUAGGAAGAAAUGUUUUGACAAAAGAUUUUCAAUUUUUCGUGAACAGGGGUCUUUAUAACCGCCCCAACGCCAAAACUACUGCCAACAUAUUCUUUCAAGAUAAUCAAGAAUGGAAGAUAAAGAGGCCGAAACUUACAGUAAUAUUUACGACCGCAAAAUUGAAAUUAUUUUUCAACACAAUCAAACAAUGCGCCGACGAAUUAGAAGCCAAUAUGUACAAAGUCUCUGAUGGAAACAACGAUGUUGACAUUUAUGAAAAUAUGGGCUGUUAUUUCACCGAUGUUAUAAGUUCUCUCGUGUUUGGCAUAGAGGCGAAAAGUUUUAAAGAUCCAGACGCAGCCAUCAGAACAGCUGGACGAAUGUUGUUCACAGAUAUCCCGAUUCCUUACCAGUUGUGCUUAUUUUUGGCUAUUGCUUACCCGAAUAUAGCAAAAAUUUUAAGAGUUCCCCCGAUGCCAUUGAAAGUGGAAAACUUUUUCCUUAAACUAGUACCGGAAACGAUGGAAUAUCGAAAGAAGAAUAACAUCUACAGGAAUGAUUUGCUACAGCUGUUAAUUGAAUUGGAAGAAUCUGGAAGUAUAAUUUCUAAUGAUAUAAUUGCAGAGACAUUUAACUUCUUCAUUGCGGGUUUCGAAACAUCGACUACUGUUUCGACGUACUUGUUAUACGAAUUGGCCAAAAGGAAAGAUAUUCAGGAAAAAAUCAGAAAAGAAGUUAACGAGGUUUUGAAAAAGUACAAUGGAGAAUUUACUUACGAUGCAAUGCAGGAAUUGCCGUAUAUGGCACAAGCUAUAGACGAGGCCAUGAGGAAAUAUCCCCCUCUCGCCACCUUAACACGAGUCUGUGCCAGUGACUACCAAAUCCCUGGAACCGAUGUGAUCAUAGAAAAGGGUACGCCUGUUAUUAUUCCCGUUUUAGGGUAUCAUUUGAACCCGGAUUAUUUCCCUGAGCCUAUGAAAUUCAAUCCAGACAGAUUCGAAGGUAACGUUAAAUACGAAGGAUAUUUACCUUUCGGCGAUGGUCCACGAAAUUGUAUAGGUGAGAGAUUGGGCUUAUUGCAAAGUAAGGUAGGAAUUGCCUCUUUAAUUAAAAAAUACGAAUUUUCCUUGAGCCCCAAUAUGAAAGGAGAACUGGUCCUAGAUGAAGAUUAUUUUGUAACAAGAGCAACUGAUAAGAUUUUACUUAGGCUAAAAAAAGUUGAAAAUUAAUAAAGAAUUAAUACAAUAAUUGCUAGUUAAUAAUUUAUGAAACUUGAGCUACAUACAGUCUUAAUUAACACUGGUACGUACCUAAAUGAACUAUUAAUAAAUAAAUCACUAAGUCUUUAAGUGCUUCAGUUUAAUAGCAGUGGUUAGAGUGAGAAAGUUGCAAUUCCACAAUAGUUUCUUUUUUCCUUUUUCUUUUAUAUGGACUAAUGGAAGUUGUCUUUGUUGCACCCAUACUCUAUAGUGAAAACAAUGGAAAAUCAGUCGAAUGUAUUUUCUAUGAUAUCUCCGUUAAUAAUGUACUUAGAAGUUUGAAAUUUGGAAUUAAUAAUGUCCAGAUACUGUAUAGUAAUUUGGCUAACUUACAGUCGCCAUAACU